CAACAGGAACGUCGGUUGUCAUCUUCCUCUGCUGGUGGAACGAAUCAUUUACCUGAAUUCAUACAUACAAAAGAAAAAAGCGAAAGAAAAAGAGAGUGAACAAGAACUUGCUGUCCCAUCGAACUGCAUCGACAAACCCGCUAAAAUUUAUACAGAAACCGAUUCUUACGAAAGACCAAGCCAGUGCCGUCCAUCAUCUGUUGUGAAGUUAACCGAGUAUAGUGAUAUCCUCACCCGACAAAGCGUGUGUGUUCGUCUACUUUUUUUGUGCAUUCACUGUUUGAGAGUGCUCGUGGAAAAACAAAGGAUUACAUCAAGAUGGUGUACAAUUUCAAAGUCUUCAAGAAGUGCGCCCCGAACGGAAAGGUUACGCUGUACAUGGGCAAGCGUGAUUUCGUAGACCACGUGUCCGGCGUCGAACCGAUCGAUGGUAUUGUCGUGCUUGACGAUGAGUACAUUCGCGAUAACCGGAAGGUCUUCGGGCAGGUGGUGUGCAGUUUCCGUUACGGUCGCGAAGAGGACGAGGUAAUGGGACUGAACUUCCAGAAGGAGCUUUUCCUCGCCUCGGAACAAAUCUACCCCCGCCCGGAAAAGUCGGAUAAGGAGCAAACGAAGCUGCAGGAACGCUUGCUGAAGAAGCUGGGUCCCAAUGCGAUCCCGUUCACGUUCAACGUCUCGCCAAACGCGCCCUCGUCGGUGACGUUGCAGCAGGGCGAGGAUGAUAACGGUGACCCGUGCGGUGUAUCCUACUACGUGAAGAUCUUUGCCGGUGAUUCCGAUACGGAUCGAACGCACCGCCGUAGCACCGUCACGCUCGGCAUCCGGAAGAUUCAGUUCGCGCCGACCAAACAGGGCCAGCAGCCGUGCACGGUGGUGCGCAAGGACUUUAUGCUAAGCCCGGGAGAACUAGAGCUCGAGGUAACGCUCGACAAGCAGCUGUACCUGCACGGUGAGCGAAUAGGCGUGAACAUCUGCAUACGCAACAACUCGAACAAGAUGGUCAAAAAGAUCAAGGCCAUGAUUCAGCAGGGCGUCGAUGUGGUGCUGUUCCAGAACGGCAGCUAUCGUAACACGGUGGCCUCGCUGGAGACGAGCGAAGGCUGCCCGAUCCAGCCGGGUUCUAGCCUGCAGAAGGUGAUGUACCUUACGCCCCUGCUGUCGUCCAACAAGCAGCGCCGUGGAAUCGCUCUGGAUGGGCAAAUAAAACACCAGGACCAGUGUCUAGCUUCCACUACACUCUUGGCCCAGCCCGAUCAACGUGACGCAUUCGGUAUCAUCGUGUCAUACGCCGUCAAGGUGAAGCUCUUCCUCGGCGCUCUCGGUGGUGAAUUGUCAGCUGAGCUUCCGUUUGUGCUGAUGCACCCCAAGGUAAACAAGGCGAAGGUUAUUCACGCUGACAGCCAGGCCGAGGUUGAAACCUUCCGGCAGGACACCAUCGACCAGCAGGCCUCGGUUGACUUUGAUUAACUGCAGCAUACCUGAGAAAAUGAUCCGAUGACUACGGCAACGACCAAACUGGAAUUCUGCAUAAAAAAAGUUUAACACACACACACCCACACGUUACAGGGGAUCACGUAACACGCAACCGAACGCAAACGACCUACGAACGAUCGAUCUCACUCUCACGUCCUUUCAUUCUGCAACAGCAAGCCAGUGAUAGUAGGAGCGAAAGAUAAGGAGAAAUCAACGAAAAAAAACUGAAUAAUCGAAAUCGAAAGAACAACAAAAAAAAUGUAUGCAAAAAAAAUUUUACAUUCCCAGGAAAGGCCACCCAAGAUCCAAGAAGGCCCUUUCGCUGUCAUUGUACCUUACAAAAUUUUGAAUAAGAACUAGCCUCAAAACUUAUCGGCCAUUUCGGUGUAUCUCUGCGGUAGAGUCUCUUUGAAAGUAAGCAGGUUUUGGAAGUUCGACUGCUGCAAAGCUUUGUAUGUGACGACAUUUUUGUUUCCAUUUAAACUGUUGUAUACACCGAGUAUAUGUUUUGAUUGAGAAAUAAAAAUAAAAUUGGAUCAAAUAGAUAAAUAACUAGCAUUUUGAGGCAUCGUUUUUUUUAUCUAAAGCGUCAGGUGAAAUCAGCUAAAUAAAUUCAAAUCGAGAUCCGUGACGG